UUACGCCGCGCGACACGCGUGUGGGAACCUAGCGCGCGAGCCCCGGGGGCCGGCCGGACCCCGCCCUCCCGGACUGCUCCCGCCUCCGGGGCGGGGCCUCGGGCACCCCACCCCCACGGCCCCUGCCGGGAGGGGCCUGGGAGUAGACGCGACCCGCCGCCAGGGGUGCGGUACGGACGCCCGGUGCGCUCGGCUCCGCGAACCCCCCGCCGCCGCCAGGUGGCUCGGCCUUGGCUGCAGCGGCGAGCCUGAGGAGGCGUCCUGGCGCCGGCCGCCGCGCCGCGCGGAAAGCCCGGGUGCCUUUGGAGGCGGUGCCUGGGCCGCGGCGGAACCGCCCCUGCCUCUGCUCACUCGCCCUGGAUGCCGCUACUUUUCGCUGGGGUCGGCGGGCCCUCAGGCUACGGCCGGGACGUCAGUGCGCGCGGUCUGCGCCCCGCCGCGGCGGGUCCCCCGGGCGUCCGGGCAGUCGUUCCCCUGCCCGCUGAGCGGCCGGGCAAACUGCAUCUUCGCAGCGCCCCCGAGAAUCUCCCAAACUUCAGCGGAGCCGUGCCUCCGCCUCGCCGUCUCCUCAGCUGUGGGAUGGCCGCACCGCGCCAGGUCAUGGUCAGACAAUGCAAACAGCAUUUGGAAGGACAUUUAUAAAUUUGUGGAUGAUCUGGUGAAGAGGUUUCCAAAUUCAAAAAUGAGGAUGUCCUUAAUCACCUACUCCACACAGAGCCACACCAUCAUGAAUCUUACCCCUGACAGAAGUAAAAUACAUAAUAGUCUUGAAAAAAUUCAGAAUAUAGUGCCUACCGGAGCCGCAAACAUGCAUGAAGGAUUUAAAAAGGCAAAUGAGCAGAUUGAAAAAGAAAUCUAUGGAGGCAACAAUGCUCCCAGUCUGAUUAUUGGUCUGACCGCAGGACCACUGACACCAAGGACAUUUGAGAAGACUAAGUCUGAAGCUGAGAAGGCUCGUGAAAGGGGCGCCAAAGUUUAUUCUGUGGGUGUAAAAGACUAUAAGAAUGACCAGCUAAAAGACAUUGUAGAAAGAAAUGACCAAUUUUAUGGGGUAAACAGUGGAUUCGAGUCCCUGGAAGACAUCGUUAACAUGCUGGUGGUAAAUUCCUGUCAUGAAAUUAUGGCUGGGGAGAGUUACUUUGUUUGUGUAGGAGAAGAAUAUGAUAUGAGAUUUUAUGAUACUGACUUACAUCAACACACGAUGGAUGAAAUUGUUUGCAGAUAUAAGUUGGAUGUCGGCAAUAUCCUCCAUAAAAAACCUCUACUUAAGGACGAUGAAUCUUUAGCUUGCCCAGGACAUGUAUUUAAGGAGCCUGGACAGGUGGUCAUCGUUCAAUACAGCCUGAACAAUGGCGUCACCUUCAUUGAGGAGAGCAUGAAAGUAACCAGCCUGAAUUGUAGCAGUACAUCGGAGCCCACAGAUGCCCCAAAGGAGGAGACUUCAGUCCCCACAGUUGGCACACAGAAGACAACAGUGCCCACAGUUGUCACACAGAAGACAACAGUGCCCACAGUUGUCACACAGGAGGCACCAGCACCCAUGGCUGUCACAGAAAAGCCUACCCUUGACUACCUAUUCCCAUUGUUCGUCCCAACCCUGAUCAUUAUCGUGGUGGUGAUCUGCUGUCUCUGUUGCUGCAGGAAGCCCUGCAAGGAGCUACCAGUGCAGAAGAUAGUAAUGAAGCCAGAGACAUGUAUACAGACACGUACCCCGGUGAUUGUCCCUUCUUGUAUGUACCAGGAAGACACUAUAAGACGGAUAGAGGGCAAACUGGACACCUUGUGUGACUUUGUGCAAAGCUGCAACCAGAUCCCAUUGAUGUGGUGUCAGCCCAGGAACGCGGGGAAGUAUAUCAUCUUCAACUUCGUGAAUCCCCUCUGCGGGCAGGUGCCCUAUAGCCCAAACAUUUGCCUUCCACCCAGCCAGGAGUGCUUUCCUCUCAACAGCUGCUGCUCACAAUGCCAACACCCCUCCUUCAUAUGCUCCCAGCCACCCUCCAGGAUGCUGUCACUGCUCCCUCCUCCUGCCCAUGCACUCUCCAGAACUACUUUGUCACUCCCACCCCCAUAACCCAGCCUCUAAAGUCCCCAAGACCCAAGACUGUUAAGAGCUCUUUGUGUACCGAAUUGGAUAUAUAUAUAUUGAGUCUUGGUUUACGA